AAACAAACAGGCGAACGGCACCCGGUAAUAAACAAAACCGGCGAGCGAUCGCGCCGCGAACCCACGGCGCAGAGGCUUAUCCGAACCGGGCACGCCGAGUGCCCAGACCCAUCCCAGCAUCCUAUAAAAUGCGCCUCCCAUCCGAGAUCCAUCCAUCCACAACAUCCAGAGCAAAGAGCAUCCAGAUUCCAGACUCCAGAGCAGCAGUUUCAAGCUGAGUUGAGCGUUUUUCAGUAGCCAAUGGCGGACAUCGCGAUGCUGGUGGCGGAGGAGCACGAGAAGAGGCUCAAGCGAGGGGCGCCCCGCGUCGCCGCCGACGAGGAGGCGUCCAAGGGCAAGGUGAACUUCGGGGCGGUGACCAAGGUGUGGGGCUCCUGGGCCGAGUCCGCCGCCGCCGCCGCGUCCGGGGUCAAGGUGCACGUCGCGGUGCUCGUCAGGUCCGACCUGGUGGCGGCCGAGCUCAGGAGCCCGGUCGCCCGGGCAGCCUUCGACGGCUUCUUCUCUGCUUGAUGAGUGUGAAUUACAGUAAUUCGGAGGAGUUUACCGUGUGGAGUACCUCUCCCCCUAAGCCAGUGUCAUGUAACUCCGGUUUGUACAUAACCGUGUGCUUUACUGGCUUGCAACAAGGAAGAAGUGUACUUUCUGUACUGCUGCUCUUCAUUUGCACGGCAACCAUGCGUUUUGACAUUU